AUGAGUCCCUACUUCGGCAACGGCUACAACCUCUGGGGCGGAUACAACUCGUGGUACUCUCGCUGGUAUUCGAUCUACAACACCAACUUCUACGGAUACCAGUGCUUCAACUACAUCCCCGGCUACUUUGUCAAGGCCACUGAGGAGGCCCACAGCGUCAACAGACGCGCCAUCCCCCGCGAUGUCCAACAUCUCUCCCGCCGCAUCGCAGGCGAAUCCGUUGCUUGUGCUACUCACGGCAAGCCUGAGCAAAUUUUCACCGUCAAGGACUGUUUGAGUGCUGCCAACCACUUGGUCGAGAAGAAGGUCUCGACUGCCACGCAAGGAACCUGCACCUUGUCCCUUGUUCAUGGCACCGACAAAGUCGCCCCGGGUGCCAUCACGGCCAAGGAGCUCGAACAAGGGGUCCACAACAUCUUGAAAGCGUGCAGCCAACCAGCCAAUGAAAAGGCAGCCGCCGGCAAGGAGAACGCUAAGAUCGACGACCAACAGGCCGUCAUGCUCCUUUCCAGCCCUCAAUGA